AUGUCUUUGGGUUUCGACAGUGAGAGAAAUGGAGAGGAGAGUGAAAGGUCCAUAUGCGUUAACAAUCCUCAUCUGAGCUCCAUGAAAGAAGACAUGCUGUACCAUCUCAACCUGGGUACAGCCACUCAUGACUUCCCAGAACAGUUUGGGGAUGUUAAAUUUGUAUGUGUUGGGGGAAGUCCAUGGAGGAUGAAAUCUUUCAUAGAGUACAUCGCUAAAGAGCUGGGCCAAGAACACCCAAAAGGAGAGUACCCAAACAUCUGUGAGGGAACCGAUCGCUAUGUCAUGUACAAAGUAGGAGCUGUGCUGUCUGUUAGUCAUGGCAUGGGCAUUUCCUCAAUCUCAAUAAUGCUACAUGAGCUUAUCAAACUCCUCUAUCAUUCCCGCUGCACUGACGUCACGAUCAUACGCAUUGGGACGUCUGGUGGAAUAGGUCUGCAGCCAGGCACAGUUGUGGUCACCAAAGAGCCGGUGGAUGCCAUGUUCCUGCCCCGCUUUGAGCAGGCGGUCCUGGGUAAGACAGUGGUGAGGAGCACGGAGCUGAACAUCGAGCUGGCAGAGGAGCUGCUACAGUGCGGCAAAGAGCUGGCAGAGUUUGAGACUGUCAUUGGGAACACCAUGUGCACUCUGGACUUCUAUGAAGGUCAAGCUCGUUUGGAUGGGGCUUUCUGUUCAUACACUGAAGAGGAAAAACAAAACUACCUGUCCGAGGCGUAUGCAGCAGGAGUCCGCAACAUUGAGAUGGAAUCUACUGUUUUUGGUGCUAUGUGCAAACUCAGUAAUAUAAGAGCGGCUGUGGUGUGUGUGACCCUGUUGGACCGGCAGAAAGGAGACCAGCUGACCAGUUCUCAUGAUGUCCUGCUCAGCUACCAACAAAGGCCACAGAUCCUCGUUGGCCAUUACAUCAAAAAGAAGCUUAAUGCCUUCCAGAGAAAUUAGCUUUUACAUUCAUAACACUGGAAUAUAAACAAGCCAAAGUUUUAAAGACAUCUCGGUAUGAUUUUAUAUGAUUUAUCCAGUCUUG